GCUUGAGGAGUCAGAUUAGCUGCUCUUAUUGGUCCAUUGAAGGAGAAUGUGGUCUGGUCAUGUCACUGUAGAGUCUCACUUGUGUUUCAUUCCCGCAGACACUGAAGACAUGAGUCUGUACCAGCACCAGGCGGGGGUGGAGGUGAUGAGGAUCGUGCUGCUGGGGAAGACUGGAAAUGGGAAGAGUGCCACGGGGAAUUCCAUUCUGGGAGGAAAGCACUUUGAAUCCAAGUUCAGCCCCAGAUCUUUAACCCAGACAUGCUCCAGAGCGGUUGGAGAGGUGGACGGACAAGCGGUUGCCAUCAUCGACACCCCAGGUCUCUUCGACACCCGGUUUGACCAGAAAAUGUUGGAUUUGGGCCACUGCGUUUCAUUCGCCGCUCCCGGACCUCACGUCUUCCUGGUGGUGGUCAAGCUGGGAAGGUUCACGGCUGAAGAGCAGCAGACGGUGCGGAAGAUCCAAGAGAUGUUCGGUCCAGCAGCUGACAGGUACAGCAUGGUGCUCUUCACUCAUGGAGACCAGCUGGAAGGAAGCUUGGAGGAGUUCCUGAGCGAGUGUCCAGAGAUCCAGGAGCUGGUGAGAAGAUGUAACGGCGAGUACCAGGUCUUCAACAACAAGUCCGCAGAUCGCUCCCAGGUCGCUCAGCUGCUGCAGAAGAUCCACCGAAUCGUGCAGAAGAACGGAGGAAGCCACUACACCAACGGCAUGUUCCAGGAGGCGGAGAGAAAAGCUGAAAGGGAAGAACGGAGAAAAAAAAGAGAGAAAGCCGAGAAGAUCCGUCGAGAGAGGGAAGAAAUGGAGAGGGAGAUUCAGAGGCAAUAUGAUGGAAGGAUGCAGAUAAUACGAGCUGAGCAGGAGAGAAGGAGAGAAGCAGAGAGAAGAGCAAUGCAGGAGAGGCUGGAGAGAGAGCUGAGGGAAGAGAGGCAGAGGAUCGAGGAGGAACAGAGGAGGGAGAGGAUGAGAGCGCAGAUGGAGAUGGAGAGAUUAAGGAGAGAGUUGGAGGAGCGACAAGAGCAAGCGAUACAGGAGGAGCGGGAGCGACUGAUGCGGCAGGCUGAGGAGGAGCGGCGACGACAACAGGAGAGACAGCAUGAAAAGGCCUGUUUCAUUUUGUGAUGGCACUGUGGUUGUGUUCACAUGAAUAAAUGGUUCGAGUGCGUUUCCU